GCCUGCAGCCUGCCCAUGUGGUCUCCAGGCCUGGACCCCAGGGAUGGGGACAGCUCAGUAUCAUCAGGCCGCCUCUCUGGCUCCUCAGGGGGCCAUGAAUCAUGUACGCCUUUCCAUGGGCCCUGGAAGGAGAGGCCACCCCUGGUGUUGGGGCCCCGGCAUCAGCUCAGGAAGACCAACCCACGUCUGGAGCAGUUGAGGGACAAGAUCCGAGCCCAGGCACAGAGGCAGGCCAGCUGUGCCUCCCUGGGUACCUCUGUCCCCUCCAGUGCUUCAUGCUUCUACAAGGCCUCCUCCCCAAAGCAUCGACGGAAGACCCCCAAGGUGACAAAUACCCUUCCAGCGCCCACUCGUCCAGGUCAGUGGCUGCUUUGCCCACAUGCAGAGCAUAGAGGUGAAGACAGGGUACCUCUCAGCCUGGGGCGGGAGCUCUCCAGGUUUCCCCUGUACCACCUCUCAGUUCCAAGGACAAGCCAUGAAAGGAUCAAAAGUGCUUCUAGCAAAAGAGAGGCCCGAAGGUCGCCUACCCCCUGCAGAGCUGCCAGAGGCAAAGGAGCUGACAAGACAGCCAUCGAGGGCUCAUCUGCCCUUACCUGCUUGUCCAGGCCAGCCUGUAUCCAGAAUGACCAGCCAGCAUCCCAGCACACAUCCAGCCUGGCUUCCCGGGAUCAGUCAGCAACAAUUCAAGCUGCUAUGGCCAUCCUAAAAGACCUCCGCCAGCAAAUCCAGGCUGGGCUGGAGCUGGCCAGGCGCCCCAGGGUGACACGGAAGCUCAUACCAUCAAAACGAAAGUCACAGAGCCUGGCAGGGAGGAGGCAGCAGGGGCCCCAGAGCACCCAGGACAUACAGGAUUCCCUCUCAAAGAACGUUGGAGCUGUGACAAAGGGGAACGUUGGAGCUGUGACAAAGGGGAAGUGCUCUUCCCCAGACAGAGCCAGAGGCAUUCAUAUCCAGCAGCAUUGGAGCCCUCUGGCUGAGAGGGAGUCCUGUCCACAGAGGGCCUGGGUAGCUCAGUGGCAGGACACCUCCUUCCAGAGGCCUGGGAACCCCCCAGAAAAGCUGAGUUCCUUCUUACAGCGACCCUGGAGUGCCCUGGCGGGGCAGACCUAUCCACAGAGGUCAUGGGCAGCCCAGGGACAGGACAUCUCCUUCCAUAGGCCUGGGAGCCCCCCAGAAAAGCUGAGUUCCUUCUCACAGCGACCCCACAGCGCUCUGGCUGGCCAGGCCUCUUCACAGAGGGCCUGGGAAACUUGUAACGACCAGAAGGUCCCUGGGCCCAGUCUGUGGAGCUCCUUGGACAGGCCACGUCCUGCCUUCCCACGGCCCUGGAAUAGCUCUUUUGUGAAAAGGUCCAGCCUGCACAGCAAGGGCAGAAGUGGGGUCUCCCCUCCCUCAAAAGUCAAACAGGCUUGGCCAGAGCCUACCCAGGGCGUCUCUCAGAACCCACCAGACACACAGGAGUCCCCACCCCGUCCAAGGCCUCGGGGUCUCCCGGGCCAACCACAUAGCUCUGAGUCCUUGCGUGAUUUCAUGCGUCAGAAAGCACAGGCCCGCCGACAGCAGGUAAUGGAACAGAAGGCGGCGGCUGCACACACGCUGGAGCUGCGGAAUCGCAGGCUACAAGAGGUGUACCGGAAGCAGCAGGAGGCCGUCCUCGGCAAGGUCGCCCCUGUGGUCUCCCAGAGGAGCCCCGGCAUUGUCACCUUUGUACCCAGUUCUGCACAGCCUGGGAACCCGGAAGCCCCUGGGAACAUGCAGUCACCACAGCGAAAGUGGAGCAAAGUGACACCCGGCAUGGUGCUGGGGGACCAGGAGGCCCCAGAUAGCUUCUGUCUGUGUUUGAAUAGACCCUGGAACUGCACUGAGACCCUGGACACCAAAGGCCCCCGGAAUGGCUACAAGCAGGCACGGCUGCAGGCCCUGGAGACCAUGGCCGACAUCCUCAACCAACGCAUUGACAUCCUGAUGGCCGAGCUGCACAGGUCAACAUCACCAGUUGCAGAUGGCAACCCGGCCCCUGAUGUGCUGUCCUUGGGCACUAGCACAGGGGCUGCGACCUUCACUCUCACUGCCCCUACACAUCCUGGGGCCUUGGCGUCUAACAAGGGCCAAGGUAGGCCCCAGGACUGGGUGCAUUCACAGGCCAGGCCCCUCCUCUCCCCGGCCUGCUCCUCGGAUGAUGAGAGGCUUCCACAGAGCCCCAGCUGGGAGCUGCAGAGCCUGAGUCCAGGAGCCCACCUCAAGAGCCAGCCCCAAGGUCUUCUUUCCAGCACUCCUGCCCUAGAGUCUCAGGUCACCCCUCACAUUCCAACUUGCCACGCCGGCUCAUCAAGUCCUGAGGCCCUUUCCAAAGUGGCCAUGGAGCAGAGACAUUGGGAGCUGGAGAUGAGGCUGCAGAGAGAGAUGGCUGCCCUCCAGGCCCUCAGUGACUGCACGAGGAGUUCACUCGGGGUGCCAGUUCCACCAGACCCCGCUCGUGGCUCCCUUUGGCUGAAGGAGAUGCCAGAAGCCAAAGGGGCAGACUCAGUAAUGCCCUGGACCACCCGGAGCUGCGGUAAGGGCGAGCCCGCAGACAGACCCUGGGCUGGCUGGUCGGGUGGCCAGGGGGGUCUCCCAUGGGCCUCCUCUACUGCCUAG